GGAUCAGGGCGCUGAGCGCGGGGGGUGGGCGCCGCUCGCUCCGCCCUGCGAAGCCCCUGCGCGCCCAGGGACGCGUCCACCCCGCUGCAGCCCCGCCAGGCUCCGCCGUGUGGCCGCUGCCGCCGCCGCUGCUGCCAUGUCCCCGGGGAAGCCCGGGGCGGGCGGAGCGGGGACGAGGCGGACCGGCUGGAGGAGGAGGAGGCGGAGGCGGCGGCUGGAGGCGGCGACUAGGGCGCCGGGGCUCGGAAGCACGGCGGGGCCCGACUCGCGCGUCCCGGGCACGUUCCAGGGCGCGCGGGGAAUGAAGCAGGCGGCGCGGGAGGCGCGGCCGCCUCCGCGCUCGCCCCGGCUCCGCUGGGCGCUGCCGCCGCUGCUGCUGCUGUUGCGCCUGGGCCAGAUCGUGUGUACAGGUGACUGCUCCCGCUGCGAUCUGCUUGAAUUCACAUCUACAGCCAGUGAGAUUCAAUCAUCUAUCAAGGCAGCAGGAAACUUUUCAGUGAUAAACGUAACGGAUUUGAGUGGCCAGAGUCAGCAGUUUCUCCGAGCAGACAGUGAUGGGAAGACUUCAUUUUCAGGGCUGGUUCCUGGGAUGCACUAUCUUUUCACCUUUUCAAAUGGCUCCAGUACCUGCUGCCAAGAAGUGCAGAUACAACCCAGUCCUACAGAAGCCGUUACCAUCAGUCCAACCAGUGUGACCCUAACCUGGAAAAACGACACAGCUGGAGUAACGAGUACGAUGGAAAAUGGGCAGAUGAGUCUUGCAAAUCAAACAGGUGGUAACAGCACAUACUCAAGUCCAGGAAGCGAUGGGACUUCAGGAGAUACCACAUUAGAGCCUCAUCCAGUUUCUGGUCUUCGUGUUGUCUUCGUGGGUGUGACGCACGUUGCUCUUACCUGGAAGAAUGAUAACAUCACUGACACCUGCCGGAUGUUCCUUGAAGGAAGCCAGGAGUCGACUCAAAACUUAGCACUCAAUAUUUCAGACCUGAAGCCAGGGGUUCAAAAAAACGUCACCCUGUAUCUUUCAAAUAAGUCACAGAGUGACCCUCUGGUUACAGAAAAUAGCUUAGAUGCCAGCAACACAGACCGCUUUCUGCAGCCACUCGGGAGCCCCACUGCCCCUGGGUACAAAUAUGGACUUGAACCUGCACCCCCGUUCUCUGACCCUUCUCUGCCCCAAGACACCACGGAAGUCCUGCUUUUUGGGUUAAAGUCUGACACACAGUACAAGGCCACUGUUUAUCCUCGAGCAGCGAAUGGUGCCGAAGGACAGCCCCGCGCCACAGAGUUUAAAACAAAUUCCAGUCAGGUGUUUGACAUCGAAGCUGUGAACAUCAGUGCCACAAGCUUUACCCUGACCUGGAAAAUCAAUGAGAAUGAGCCAUCUUCUGUCUAUACCUACAAGAUACAAGUUGCUGGCGAGACAGAUCCCUUCAAUCUCACUGUCCAUGAGACUCGUGCCGUCAUCACCCCACUCAACUCGAGCACGUUAUACAACAUCACAGUGUGGCCUUUCCCUGACAACGGUUCUGCGGGCAUACCGGGCUUUCUCCAGGUGUACACCCCCCCCUGUCCAGUUUCUGACUUCCGAGUGACAAGUGUCAACACAAGGGAAAUUGGCUUAGCAUGGAAUAGCAAUGACUCUAAUUCCUUUGAGAUACAUAUCACACGGGAUGAAGUUGGAGUAAUUCAAACAACCACCAAACAAAGUAUUGUCAUUGAGGGCUUAUCCCCUGGAACCAAGUAUCGUUUUGACAUAUUUCCACAAGGACCAGAUGGGACUAAAGGGGAUUCCCAAACAGUUUACGGUACAACUGACAACAGUGCAGUGGUUGAUAUCCGUGUGGUUAAUGUCACCACAACCGACAUGCAGUUGGAGUGGCGGAAUACAGACAAUGUUACUGGGUACAUCUACUGUGUAGUGAUACAGUCUGAGCACAGCUCUAACCAGACAAAUAGUUCUCAUGAAGCAAUCACUCUCGGGGGCCUGAUCCCGGGCACCUUAUAUAACAUCACAAUCUUCCCAAAAAUGAACAAUUCCCAGGGGAACCCCAACUCCACUGCACAGUACACACGGCCCAGCAAUGUGUCCAACAUUGAAGUAAGGACCAACACCACAGCAGCAACCUUAAACUGGCAGAACUUUGAUGAAGCCUCUUCCAGGUACACCUACCGCCUUCUUAUGAAGCAGGAUGGAAAUGCCAGCAAGGCCCCACCAAUAGUCACAGGCGUCGGCAUCACCUACGCUACAGUCACCGAGUUAACACCUGGCUCCUCAUACACCGUAGAGAUCUUCACACAGGUGGGGAAUGUCACCGAGUCACUGGCACCUGGCUGGCAGUCAUUCUGUACAGACCCUGCACCAGUAACCUCCUUCCACUGUGAAGUGGUCCCCAAAGAGCCAACCUUGGUCCUCAAGUGGGCCUGCCCUUUCGGCAUCAACACAGGCUUCGAGCUGGAGGUCAGCCACGGAGACUGGGAGAAUAUGACGAACCUGGAGAGCUGCUCCUCGGAGAACGGCUCUGAGUACAGGACGGAAGUCACAUAUUUGAAUUUUUCUACCUUGUACAACAUCACCAUCACUGCCCGGUCCUGUAACAAGACGGCAUCGCCCACCCAAAACACCUGCCUCACUGGCAUCACAGACCCUCCUUCUCCAGAUGGAUCCCCUAAUAUUACAUCUGUCAGUCACAAUUCUGUGAAGGUCAAAUUCAGUGGGUUUGAAGCCAGCCACGGACCCAUCAAAGCCUACGCUCUCAUUCUCACCACUGGGGACGCUGUUCAUCCGUCAGCAGAUGUAUUGAGAUAUACGUACGAAGAUUUCAAAAAGGGGGCCUCGGAUACCUAUGUGACAUACCUCAUAACAACAGAAGAAAAAAGCUGUUCUCAGGGCUUAUCUGAAGUCUUGAAAUACGAAAUCAAUGUUGGGAACGAGUCCACCACGCACGGCUAUUACAACGGGAAGCUGGAACCUCUGGGUUCCUAUCGGGCUUCUGUGGCUGGCUUCACCAAUAUUACCUUCAACCCUCACAGUGAUGGACUCAUAGAUGGGGCUGAGAGCUACGUGUCCUUCAGUCGCUACUCAGAUGCUGUUUUCUUGCCCCAGGAUCCAGGUGUCAUCUGUGGAGCAGUGUUUGGAUGUAUCUUUGGUGCCUUGGUUAUUGUGGCCGUAGGAGGCUUCCUCUUCUGGAGAAAGAAAAGGAAAGAUGCCAAGAACAAUGACGUGUCCUUUUCUCAAAUUAAACCUAAAAAAUCCAAGUUAAUCAAAGUGGAGAAUUUUGAGGCCUACUUUAAGAAACAGCAAGCUGACUCCAACUGUGGAUUUGCAGAAGAAUAUGAAGAUCUGAAGCUUGUUGGAAUUAGUCUACCUAAGUACGCAGCUGAACUGGCUGAGAAUAGAGGAAAAAAUCGCUAUAACAAUGUUCUACCCUACGAUAUUUCCCGUGUCAAACUUUCAGUCCAUGCCCAUUCAACUGACGACUACAUCAAUGCCAACUACAUGCCUGGCUACCAUUCCAAGAGAGAAUUUAUUGCCACACAAGGACCUUUACCCAACACUUUGAAAGAUUUUUGGCGUAUGGUUUGGGAGAAAAAUGUCUAUGCCGUUGUCAUGCUGACCAAAUGUGCUGAGCAGGGAAGGACCAAAUGUGAGGAGUACUGGCCCUCCAAGCAGGCUCAGGACUAUGGGGACAUAACGGUGGCAAUGACAUCAGAAAUUGUUCUACCAGAAUGGACCAUCAGAGACUUCACAGUGCAAAAUAUCCAGACAAGUGAGAGUCACACUCUGCGUCAGUUCCAUUUCACCUCCUGGCCUGACCAUGGCGUUCCCGACACCACUGACCUGCUCAUCAACUUCCGGUACCUUGUUCGUGACUACAUGAAGCAGAGUCCUCCUGAGUCACCGAUUCUGGUGCACUGCAGUGCUGGGGUGGGAAGGACGGGCACUUUCAUUGCCAUCGAUCGUCUUAUCUAUCAGAUGGAGGACGAGAACACUGUGGAUGUGUACGGGAUUGUGUAUGACCUUCGAAUGCACAGGCCUUUAAUGGUGCAGACAGAGGACCAGUAUGUUUUCCUCAAUCAGUGUGUUUUGGAUAUUAUCAGAUCCCAGAAGGACUCGAAAGUAGAUCUCAUCUACCAGAACACAACUGCAAUGACAAUCUACGAAAACCUUGCACCAGUGACCGCGUUCGGAAAGACAAAUGGUUACAUUGCCUAAAUUCCAAAGGAAAACCUUUCUGGAGUUAACCAGACCGUCACACCCACAGCAGAGGAAAAUGCCCCGAUGUUGACAUGUUUUUAUAUGUCUAGUAUCCUAAUUCUUUGUUCCGUUUUGUUAGAACUAAUUUGAGAGUGUGAAGCUGCGCAUGUGAAACAUGACAAGUGAGAAGUUGGGGCUGUCAGGGGCUGUGGAUGGGUAGUGAGCAAAUCAACUAUGUUUCUGAUUAUCAGUGGGAUGAGUUCCCUUUUUUUUUUUUCUUGAGAAUUACAGAACACCAGGAAAAGUGAGCUAUGAUUUUUUUUUCUUUUACAAGACAUUCUUUUUUAAAAAGACUAUUUUAUAUGAUUCACAUGCUAAAGCCAGGAUUGUGUUAGGUUGAAUAUAUUUUAAGUAUCAGAGGUCUAUUUUUACCUACUGUAUCUUGGAAUCUAGCUGAUGGAAAAUACAUAAUAGUGGAUGAUUAUCAUGUAGGGAGGGCUACGUGGUACCUCUCCUGCCUGGGUUUUCUAUUUGAACAUGUGCCUUUUCUGAAUUAUGCUUCCACAGGUAAAACUCAGUAGAUCUCUAUUUUUGUAUUGAAUCUCAUAAUUGGACUAUGUGGAAUAUUUAAACAGUAGUUUAGUAUCAGAGGUUCAGCCUUCUUAGUAACAUUCCUGUUCUCAUUUGAUUAGAGGAGAUCCUCCCCAACUUCCUCCAUCCCCUGUUUUGUGCUCUAUUCUUUCUUCCCUUUUCCCCUCCUAUUUUUCCCCAAAGACACUUCUGAUGGCCACAUUUUCUGCCCAUUGGUUGGGCAAGAGUGGAAACUAAACUAUCACCGUGAGAAUUUCGGGGUGGGGGAAGGUCGGGGGGAAGCAGAGGAACCCUUCAGUGACACAAUAAUCUUUUAUUGUCCCCAUUUGAUCUUUUUUCUCAUUUCUGUAUGUGGUAAGAAGGAUUAUUUAAAGGUGCAAUAUGUGACUUAGUGAUUCAUGAUGCUCUAGGUUUUUAGUAACGUUUUACUCAGGUUGGCAUUUUAUGUGUCUCUGUGUGUCCGUGUAUGUGUGUGUGUGUUUUUAAAAGCGUGGCAAUCUGCGAACACUUCCGUGUGAAAACAGUGUCAGAUGAAUCCCUCCUUCCGUAGAGUCUACUGGCUUUAGUCUGUAUCUGCAGUGACACAUACCCGUAUCUGCUGUAUAUAUAUAUACUAAACUCUUAAAACAGUCAUUCCUUGGAACUGAGGUGUACAAAGUUCAAAUUUGUAUCAAAGAUGUAAUUAUUAUUUUUAAAACUUCUUUUCACUAUACUGCUGCUGUAAUUACUUUGAUUUUUUUAAAGUGUAGGUUGAUUUUUGUUGUUGUUGUUUUUGGCUUUCAGGUAUGUGUAUCCACCGAGAAUUUCAGAAUCUAUGUGGAUUUAUUUUAUUGGUACAUAAUCUGUAAACUUCUCAAGGCAUUAACAUGAAAGGAUUUGUUUCUUUUUAUUUUA